AUGGCAGAACCUCAAUUCAAGGGAACAAACCUCCUCGCCUGUCCCUUCACCAUCUCAGACCCCAAAUCUUCCCGCCCCGAGCUCCUCUCACGUUGGUCAGACACCUUUAUUGAAAGCCCCCCAGCAAUUAUCAUCUCUCCAAACACAGAACAAGAUGUCGUCUCAGCCGUCAACUUCGCCCGCCUUAACAAUCUCACCAUCAUCCCCAUAGGAGGCCGUCAUGGCUCAGCUAUCCCCAUCCAUUCAAAGGUGCUGUACCUGGACCUCAAGAAUCUCCAAUCCAUCAUCUUAAACAAGCAAAAGGAACAAGUUCAUCUCGGGGGAGGCGUCCUGACCGGUACCCUGCUGAGGCAUCUCUUUGAGCAAGGCUACUUCACCGCUGUCGUCAACUCAAACUCAGUCGGCGUCGUCGGAAGCCUUCUAGGCGGCGGCAACACAUCUGUAAACGGCAUCGUGGGCUGGAUCGCCGACAGCGUCGUGUCCCUUCGAGUUGUCACUGCUGCAGGAGAAAUACUCCAAGUCGGGCCAUCUUCCACGGGAGAAGAUCUCGCCCUGUUCAACGCCCUCUGCGGUGCUGGCCACGGUCUUUGUGUUGUCGUUGCUGCCACCUUGCGAGUAUACCCCCUGAGCAGCUUGAAUCUCUCGCCCACAAGCAAAGAUGAUGCUACUCCCAGCAUCUGGAGCCGCACCAUGAUAUUCCCUCAAACCGCCAUAGACACCGCAGUCGAUGCAUUUCUCGCCUUUGCCCCACCUCCAGAGCCCAUGAAUAUCAUCUUUGGGUUCUCUCGAGGGCCCCCUGGAACCCCACUUGCUGGAAAGCCCAUCAUAGUCCUCACAGGUACAUACUACGGCCCAACCAGCGAAGCAGAAGCCUCACCAGCCGGAGCAAGCCUCCUUCAUCCAUCCCUGGUCGAAAAGGCCCUCAAGGCAGACACAGUCCAGAUCCCUUUCCCCAACAUCAACAACGGCGUCGAGCCGCUCAAUGCCCACGGUGGCCUCAAAUCCAUGUCCGCCGCUCGCAUCUCCCGCCUCUCGCCCCAAGCCAUCAAGACCGCCUUUGCCAAAUAUCUCGCCGUGACAGAAAAAUAUCCCGACGCUGCUCGCACUGCCUUCAUGUUCCAAAGCUUCAACUCUUCCAAGCUUGCCCAGUUCGGCACCACCCCCGAAGGCAGGGGGAAAUUUGUCGAGGCCAGGGACAGAGGGUUUUGCACUGUUGGGGUAUUGUGGUGCUCUGAACCCGCCACAAGAGAUGCCUUGGUGACAUUCUUUGAAGAGGCCACGGCUAUUUUGCAAAAGGACGAUGAAGAGGAUGGUCUUGCUCCGAGAGUAUUCCCGGGCACAAUGAAGUUCCUCCCUGGACGACGGGAUCUACUCCCUGAGGAGAAAUUAGCCGAGUUGGAUCGACUUCACAGGAAGUGGAAUGGUGAUGAAUUGUUUUGGAGUCCAUAUAAGGUAUGA